AGUAGAAACAAACCAUGGACGAGUCAAUAUUCUAUAUACCUACCCCAUCAAAGAAUAGCGCAUCGCAUGCGACUUCAAUCCAUACUUCGCAUCAUCAUAUAACAUUCCGUGCAUCUCUGUCCCCGAGAAAUGGUGCCUACCUUACUGGAUUUGGUCCAGGUGAACGAUUAUUCACUUGUUCUGCAACCAAAGCCUUGAUUGAAGUGUACAGUUGGGGGAAAGAAGGGGUCGACCAAAGAAUUCCUUUGCCAGAAGCAUUAACCUGUCUUACUGUUGUUCCACAACCAGUCUCAGCAUCAGAUGAGUUGGAAAAGUUGACCAAGUUCCGUCUCCCGUGGUUGUUAGCUGGUGGUACUGCAAGUGGAAAAAUAUAUAUCUGGGAAUUAACCAGUGGUGACCUUGUAAGUGUUCGUGAUGCCCAUUAUCAAGGUAUAACCACGGUCAAGUUUAGUCCAUGUGGUACCUUCUUAGUCACUGGAGGUGACGAUGCUAGAGUUAUUGUCUGGAGUGUAGUUGAUUUGUUAACUGACGACAAGGCUAAACCAUACUUUUCCAUUACUGACCACACGUUACCAAUUACAGACUUAUUAUUGAGUGAUAGUGGAGUUGUUCAUGAUUUGCGAUUAUAUACUACAAGUACUGACUGUACUGUUAGAGUUUACGAUGUACUUAGCAAGAGUUUAUUGACUACAUUUGUCUUGCCAUAUGGUGUUAAUUGUGUUGCUAAAGAUCCUGCAAACCGUGCCCUUUACGUUGGUCUUGUCAAUGGAAUGAUUAGAACGAUCCCACUAUAUACCAUUAACAAAACUACUUCAGUGCUUGAAAGUAUUGGUGGUAUGAACAAAAUUAUAACUAUUGAUAAUGAUGUAAAUCUUGCCAAUACAUUCACCCAUCACCAUGCACCAAUUACUCAAUUGGACAUAUCCUUGGAUGGAACCUCCCUCAUUUCAGGGGAUGAAACAGGAGUAGUAUAUGCGCUGGACAUUGUUACCAAGCAAAUCAUCAAGACAUUCACUAAAUGUGAUUCAGCCAUUGCAUAUUUGAAAGUAGAGACCUUGCCUAAAAGUAUCGACCUGGGGAUCACUACAGUCGAUAAGAAACAUCGGAUGAUCCCACCUUUCAAACGGGUCUUGCGUAGUGAUGAGGAGCACAAUUUGUUCGUUGACAUCCCGGGGCAUCAUCUCUCUGACAACCUGUCAUUUGAACAAUGGCUCGAUCAAAAGCAACAAGAAGAAGUAGAAUUUAAAAAUUUGUCUGACGUUGCAUCCGAAGUUAAACAGGUUGAAGAGAAGACCUACAAUAAAGACUUGGAAUUGAAGUUACAACGAUUAUCGGCUGUUUAUUCAGAGUUGCGAACUAAACAUGAACAAUUGAUCAAGGACCAUGCAAAUUUACUUGAUCGAGUUGACAACCAGUAAUUACACACAAAUAAUAUAUAGAAUAUCAAAAAUGCAUAAUAAUAAUGUGUCCUGCCCAGCCAUUUCACUUGGAUGCUGCUUUUUUCUUGAUCAGAUUCAGUCUCUUGCUUUCAAUGCUGUACGCCAUGAGAUUCAAUUCUUGUUCCGCCUGGAUAUUCCGUUUAAUUAACCGCCAGCGACUCCUCCCUCGCUCUUCAUAUUCUCCGUAUGUAUCUUUAAGAUUUGUGUUUGCGUUGGAACCGGUUUCCUCUGGCAAUUGCUUGCUCAUACUGUAUCAUGGGUGAAUUGUAUGAUAAGUUAUUAGCCAU